AUGAUUCUUGUAGGAAGUUCCUUGGGCGGUAUGGCGUCUAGGCUCUCCCAAACACUUUCCGGAAGCGGAACUUCGCAAUAUGAAUCUGGCAUGGACAAAACUGUGUUGAAAGAUAGACUCAGGUGUCUGUCAAGGCUGUACAGCAGCCAGAAUACCCUUCUGCGUUCUUCACGGCGCUCAAACUCCACAAAUGUUGCAUCUGAGCGAUCUCUGUGGCAGGAACAUAAGGGAUUUGCACAAGGCGAAACUGACGCGGGACACCGUUCGUCUUCUCGGUUCAAUUGGAGGGAGAGGGUGAGUCUAACGGCUUUCGACCACCACUUGUAG